ACAAAGCGUUACGUUUAACUUGAAGCGAGCGCGGUUUAUACACACAACAAAUUAUUAUAACACUUUCGAUUCAGUUCUGUUUCAACUAGCGACUUCAAAUCAACCCACACCAUUUUUUUUAUACUCACCUAUUUCUUAGCGCAAGUUUUUUUCUCGUCGUUUCAAAUUUAAAUGAAAUUUAUAAGAAUGUGCAACUUUUCAUAACAAAUUCAUAACCAGUGAAAGUUAUGUAAUUUAUUUAUUUUUGUACCACGAGGAUUUUUUCCGAUAAUAAUUUUUGUUUAUUUUUAAUGUGUUGAGGAAAUGGUUGGGAAACGCUUAGAUUAUGCAUGUGUUCCAACCGCCCCGGAAUUAGAAAAUAAUUCCAAUCAAAAAAAAUACACAGUAAAUCGACACCCAAAAGGAAAUAUUUCGAUAUCAAAACCAGCUUGUGCUGUUUUUGUUAUGGCAGCGUUACUUUUGGCUGCAAUAGCCGCGGUGAUAACUUAUUUUUUAGUACCAAAUUGUGAUGGGCACUCACUUCCCGAAUCGUUAACGAAGUUAGACGAAGAAAAAUUACCUGAAGAAACAACGAUUAAUUACACAAGAUUACCUCGUAGUAUUCAACCUACACAUUACAGUUUAUUUAUAAGUCCAGAACUGGAGGGAAACUUUACAACGAAAGGAAAUGUUACGAUAACGUUGAAAAUUGCAGAAAAAACGAAUACGAUUCGUUUAAACGCUUUAGAUUUAAAAAUCGAUUCAAAGUCAACGAAAGUUUUCGCUUCCAAUAAUGAAACUAAUAUGAAACAAAUUAAAAUUAAUAAACAAAUCGAAGAUAAAUCUGAUCAAGCCUACACAAUUUAUUUAGAUGAACAUUUAAACGAAAACGAAGAAUAUAAAUUAUUUAUUAAAUUCGAAGGAUUUUUAAACGAUUACAUGGUGGGUUUCUAUAAAAGUUCUUACAUCGAUGACAAAAAUAAUACCAGAUGGUUGGCGAGUACGCAAUUUUCGCCAACUGACGCUCGAAGGGCUUUUCCAUGUUUCGAUGAGUUGGAUUUUAAAGCGAAAUUUCAAAUUAAUAUUGGUAGGACGGCUGAUCGGCAAACUUUGUCCAAUAUGAAAAUUGAUUUUUUUACAUCGGAAGGAAACAAAAUUUGGGAUCACUACAAAGAAACACCACUUAUGUCAACUUACAUUCUAGCCUUUAUCGUCCACGAUUUUAAAGUGCAGAACGUUAACAACUUCGCAGUUUGGUCUCGAGAAGGACAUCUUCCUGAAACUUUAUUCGCCAAAUCAAUCGGACCAAACAUUUUAAACUUUUUCCAAUCAUAUUUUAACGUUCCAUAUCCAUUAGAAAAAUUAGACGUAGUCGCUUUACCGGAUUUUGGAUUUUCCGCCAUGGAAAAUUUCGGGUUGAUCACAUUUCGCGAAUCGAAAUUACUUUAUUCCGAUUCAACAUCAACGACGGAAAACCAAAGAGAUAUAGCUUUAAUUUUGGCUCAUGAAUUAGCUCAUCAGUGGUUUGGAAACUUGGUUACACCGAAAUGGUGGGAUGAUUUGUGGAUUAAGGAAGGUUUUGCGACGUUUUUCCAGUAUUUGGGCGUUAAAGAAAUUUUACCCGAUUGGAAUGUGAUGGACGAAUUUUACCAGUGUCAAACUUUAGAAGCUUUUAAUAUAGAUAAGUUUGCUUCUUCGCGGCCGAUUCAUUUUCAAGUCCAAAAUAGUAACGAUAUCCGCCAAGCUUUCGAUCGAAUUUCGUAUCAAAAAGGGGCGGCUUUAAUUCGAAUGUUGCAUAAUUUUUUGGGGGAAAUCACUUUUAAUGGGGGAUUAAGGGAAUUCAUUAAAACUUAUUUAUAUUCGAACGCAAACAACGUGGAUUUAUGGAAAAUUUUGACGAGUGAAGCUCAUCGAAAUCGUGUUUUAGACGAGGAUAAAAGCGUUGAGGAAAUAAUGAAAACUUGGAUGAUACAAGCUGGUUACCCGGUUAUUAGCGUUACAAAAAAUAACAAUCGAUUAAUUUUAAAUCAAAAACGAUUUUUGAUUAAUAACGAAUCGGAAAUGACGUCGGAAAAAUGGUGGGUUCCGAUUUCUUACGAAACGGAUGCUUCGAGAAAUAAAAUCAAAACGAUUUGGUUAAAACCAAACGAAUCCUACACCAUAAACGACUUCCGCGACACUUGGUAUCUUUUAAACAUAAACCAAACGGGUUAUUUCAUUGUUAAUUACGACGAAGAUAAUUGGCGAAAAUUAUUAGAGAUUAUAAUGCAUCUCCAACCUGGUAUUCGAGCCCAAUUAAUCAGCGAUUCAAUGGAUUUAGCUCGAGGUGGAUUAUUAAAUUACGAUGUCCCGUUAAAAAUGAUUUCAACGAUUGGAAGAAGCGAUGACGAUAUUAAUUACGUUCAUUAUUUAGCGAUUUUUGAGAAAACCAAUUAUUUACACAACAUUUUACGUUCAACCCCUAUUUAUGGACACUUUGAAAUAUUUUUUUUCGACACUUUCAGCUUUGCUUUUGAAUCGGUUAAAUUCGACGAAUAUCCGAAAGAACAUUAUUUACGAAAACGGAUUAGAAGUUUAAUUUUGAAACAAGCUUGCAGAACAUCCGAUUCGAAAUGCACAAUCGAGGCUAGAGUUCGAUAUAGAAAUUGGAUGAAUAGGAAAUCGAAUGAUCUCGAGGUGAUUCCGCCCAACGAACGCGAAAUCGUUUAUUGUACGGCUAUAAGAGAAGGUGGACACCGAGAAUGGCAGGCUGCUUAUCAAGCUUAUUUGCAAUCAAAUUCUACGUCUGAUAAAAUGAUUUUGUUGAAGUCUUUGGGGUGUAGUUCGCAACAUUGGAUUUUAGCGCGAUUAUUGGAACUAACAAUAUCGAAGAACUCAACAAUUCGAAAACAAGAUGGGGCGGAAGUUUUUCGAUCAAUAGCAACGAAUUUCCAUGGACAUUCUUUGGCUUUUGAGUUUUUAAGAACUAAAUGGGACGAAAUUAAUCGAUAUUACGGAGUCGCUUUUAGAGCUGUUAGUAAAAUGGUCGAGGAUCUUUCUACGUUUAUGUACACGGAAUUUCAACUCCAACAACUCGAACAAUUCAAAAAAGAAAAUAAAUACAACUUAAAAGCGACGGAUCAAGCGUUCGAUAACACGAUAGAACAAGUUAAAGCGAAUAUAGCUUGGAUGAAAACCAAUUAUGACUCGGUUUCGAAUUGGUUAAAAGAGCAUUUAGCUUAUUUACAAAUUGAUGUAAAUAAAUAAAAGUUAAAAGAAUAAUCUUAUUGUAUUUAUGGAAAAGAAUGCUUUAGAGAAUAUAGUCGAUCUGUUUGACUAUAUAAAUAUAAUAAAAAUUUAAAAUAAUAUCCUAGAUAAUUAUAGAGUUAGCUAAACGAUUUUUUUUAUU